UGCUCCCAGAAUCCUUCAUUGAACUCCUCUCCAGCAACAGUAGCUUGGUGAUCAGGUUGUAUUCAGUAUCUGAACAAAGCAAGAUUUGAAAGCAUAUUCUCAAUGGCUACGGAAGAAGCAAAAGCAAUUAGCUUGAAGGCCUUGGUGGAUAAAGAGAACAACAGAGUUAUAUUUGCGGAAUCAGAUGUGGACUUUACUGAUGUUCUCUUUAGCUUCUUGACAAUGCCCAUGGGAACAAUCAUCAGGCUUAUUUCUAAUCAUAAUCAACCACCAACAGUGGAGGUAGGUUGCAUGAAAAAUUUGUAUGAAAGCAUUAAGAACCUUGACAUGCAGUAUUUCCGGACUGAAGCAUGCAAGACCAUGUUGCUAUGCCCCAGAAAUGCCGCUGCACCUCAGAACAAGAGACUAAAACUGCAAAUUGACGAUGGGGAGCUGCCGAGGUACUUCUUGUGCACUACGGAUGGUAACCUUUCUGGGCACAAAUUACUGAGUCUCUACCCUAAUGCUGUUUGCGAAUGUGGACGGCUCAUGAAUAGGACGAUCGAGUUGUCAGAAAAGGCAGAACAAAAGUUAGUUUUUGAUGCUCGAGAUAGAGGAGUGUUUGUUAAAGGACUGACCCAAUUUAUAAUAAGUGAUGAAUUACAAGUAAAGCCUUCAUCAAUUCUCACUUUGCUCAAGUGCUCAAUGGUGUCAAAGAAACCUUUAACAGAAACUUUGUUGAAACGAAAUUCAGCACCAAAGUUCAGCAUAGAAGAUUUUGAUCAGAACAUCUAUGUUGAAUCUACAGUAGAAGAACCAGAAUCAAAUGUGGUUGGGAAGAUUCAUGUGAAGCUUAUCAUCAGCAAAUCCAAGAAAAUGGUUUGUUGUGCCGAAGCAAGUGAAAAAUUUGUUGAUUUAGUCUCCAGUUUCCUAACUGUUCCACUUGGUUAUAUAAUAAAAGAAAUGCAGAAUAGCAUUUCAAAAGGAUCCUUAACUAACCUGUACAAUAGUGUUCAAGAACUCGAUGUUGAUAAAUACUUGAAAUCUAAUGAGCAUAAGGAAAUGCUCAUCAGUCCGAAGCUUGCCCCUGAUUUUAGCUAUGAGAACCAUCCUUUAGGCAUUAAAGAAGGUUUGCACCCAACAUACUCUAUUAGGGGUUAUAAUGGUUAUAACUAUGGAAUGAAACUGACUUCUGAUGGUGAAAUUCCUUCUGCAUUUCCUUCAACUUCUGAUGGUCAAGUUUUAAUUGUCAAGGAUCCUAAGUCUCAUUUUAAGGAAGCCACAAGAGGAGGAUUUGUGGCUGGACCAGCAAUGUUUACCGUAACUGACAAUCUGAUCAUCACACCCAUGUCUCAAGUCCAAAGUCUCUCUCUUCUGAACAAAUUGAAAGUGCCUUUAAGCGAUACUGAGGAGUUUGUUGUGCAUGUGGACAGUGAGAAGGCUUUGCGUCUAUUGAUGGCUUCUUUUGUAUCUAAAUUUGCUUUGACCAAUGCCUUUCUGAGAGAGCUAAAUCCAGAACAGUCAUGA